AUGGAACAGGAUGGCAAGAAAAUCCUGGAGAACCAGGUCAAGAGGCUGGAGAUGGUGGAAAGGAGAGAAACUAAACUCAAAGAAGACAUUCAUACCAAGUCGCAGCAGAUCCAACAGAUGGCAGACAAAAUCAUGGAACUCGAAGAGAACUUGCGUGAAACGCAGGCAACAGCGCAGCGUAUGGAAACACACCUGGAACAGAAGAAAAAUCUGUAUGAAGACAAGAUCAAGAUUUUAGAGACUCAAAUGAAGGCUGAUUUGGCUGAAAAGGAACUGCUGGAGUCCAAGCAGAGCACGUAUGAGGAGGAAUCUCGCGAGCGGGGAAAAAUGAUCAGUGACCAGGCAGCGACGAUCAAUGCCAUGGAGUCAAAGAUGACCAGUCUGGAGCAGAGGAUCACAGAGCUGUCCGAGGCCAACAAACUGGCAGCCAACAGCAGCAUUUACACGCAGAAAAACAU